AGGCCGGCGGCCAAUGGGCGUGUGAGCGCGGCAGCCUGAAGCUUCCCCGGCUGCAGCCGGGGGCGCGCCCCUCCGCUCUGGCACGGGGCGGGCGCUGGCUGAGGGGCUGGCCCGUCCCCUUCCCUGCCGCGGCCCCAGCCCCCAUUCCCCCAGUCGCCCGUCUCUGGUCGCUUGCUCGGUGUCUCCCUGCGGGCCGCUCUCUCCUCCCCGCGAUGGUACGCGGUGGCCGGAACCACCUCCUGGGACUCGCCCUGGGGCUGCUGCUGGCGUUGGUGCUGGCUCCCCGGGCGCUGCGGGCCAAGCCCACUGUGCGCAAGGAGCGCGUGGUGCGGCCCGACUCGGAACUGGGCGAGCGGCCGCCCGAAGACAACCAGAGCUUCCAGUACGACCACGAGGCCUUUCUGGGCAAGGAAGACUCUAAGACCUUCGACCAGCUCACCUCGGAGGAGAGCAAGGAGAGGCUGGGGAAGAUUGUCGAUCGAAUUGACAAUGAUGGGGACGGCUUUGUCACCACUGAGGAGCUAAAAACCUGGAUCAAACGGGUGCAGAAAAGAUACAUCUAUGACAACGUCGCCAAAGUCUGGAAGGAUUACGAUCGGGACAAAGACGAUAAAAUUUCCUGGGAAGAGUACAAACAGGCCACCUACGGUUACUACCUAGGAAACCCCACGGAGUUCCAUGACUCUUCGGAACAUCACACUUUUAAAAAGAUGCUGCCACGUGACGAGAGAAGGUUCAAAGCUGCAGACCUCGAUGGUGACCUGACAGCCACUCGGGAGGAGUUCACUGCCUUUCUGCACCCGGAGGAGUUUGAGCACAUGAAAGAAAUUGUGGUUUUGGAAACGCUGGAGGACAUCGACAAGGACGGGGAUGGGUUUGUGGAUCAAGAUGAGUACAUUGCGGACAUGUUUUCCCACGAGGAGAGUGGCCCUGAGCCAGACUGGGUGGUGUCAGAACGGGAGCAGUUCAAUGAAUUCCGGGAUCUGAACAAGGAUGGGAAGUUGGACAAAGAUGAGAUUCGCCACUGGAUCCUCCCUCAAGACUAUGACCACGCGCAGGCUGAGGCCAGACACCUGGUGUACGAGUCGGACAAAAACAGGGACGAGAAGCUAACCAAAGAGGAGAUACUGGAGAACUGGAACAUGUUCGUUGGAAGCCAAGCUACCAAUUAUGGAGAAGACCUCACAAAAAACCACGAUGAACUUUGAUCCCCACUCAACCAAAUCCAGCAGACUGUCAUAACUUUCUUUUAUUGUCUUGCAUGGUUGCUGUAGGUCAAUUUAUAGCAGUUAUGUCCAUGAAACAGCAAAUUUAUAACUUCAGAUUGGGGUUAAAAUUGGUUUUCACUCAGUAUUUCCUGGAAAGUGGGCAUUGCUAUUCCUUCACUAAGAUAGCUCUACAAGCAAUUAAAAUGUGGGUAACUCACCAUGUUCCGUGGGGAUACAUUGCUAAAACCUGAUUUUAGCUUUUUCCAUUGAAUUUAAAGGGGAAUAAAAUUAGGAAAAGCCCUGUUAUUCAGAAGUUGGGUGGGUUGCGGUUACAGUACAUGGAGUGACUGCUAUGUAUUUUAACUGCAAAUUUUUAUAUUUGCCACUGUUGAAUGGUUGGCGGGGGAAAAUUCUGAUGAAGCUACCGUGGUACCAUCCUCUGUAGGCUUAUUUCAGAACAAGUCUAAUACUUCAGGCUCUUCUUGACUUUGUACUCUGAUCUGUUACUGUAAACAGCAUAUAAAACUUCUGUGCAUUUUUCUGUAUGGACCUGGUGAUGUGCACAGCAAAUCCAGAUCUUUCUUUUUUUUUCAUUUUUGUUUUUACAAUAAGAAACAAUCAAGAAAGAUAAUGUGAAAGAGAGGAAUUUUAGAGGUAGGGAAAAGAUGAAUGUCAGGCAUUUGGAGAACUGUAGGAAGAUGACAAACACGUUAUUAUACUUGAGAAACUUUUCUAGACGUAUAAAUGAGGUAGGUCUGGUCUUUGAAAAAGUGAAUAGAAACACAAUUUAUUUCCCCACUUAUCACCGAGAGGAAUGGUGGGGUGGGGGUCCCAGGGAAGCCCGCCCGAUGGCGUGCUGGAACCCUCACAUCCGGUCCCGGUGAUUCCACGACCCUCAGACCUGCCUGGGGACCACUUCCACCUCACAGUUAGGAUGAGGUGAUGUUCCAAGUCAUUGACUGAACUGGAGGAAACGACUAUUUCAGGUUGAAAUGCCACCUUAUAAGUAGGAAGUGAGUGAAAUAAAGGAUCCCUCUGAGGGUUUUCUACUGUG